AUGUAUUCGGGAAAAACCCAGACAUUUAGAUGCGUCCCCAAGCAUUUUAAAGUCUUAAUAUCCGACCCAGCAAUCCACAACCUUCUGGCAAUGCGAAAAACCGAAUGGAUUUUUUCGGCCAGCCUAGCUCCAUGGUGGGGAGGGUUUUGGGAACGCAUGGUGUGGACUAUGAAGGAUUUACUGAGACCCUCCAAUGGUCGUGCAUGUUUGGAAUACAACAAGCUGGAGGUUAGUCUUAUCGAGACCGAGAGGGUGGUGAAUGCCCGCCCACUCACCUACGUGGCAGAAGGGAGCGACGACCCGCUCACUAUCAACCCGAACCAGUUUCUCAAUAAUAGGUGUUCGAACUGCACCCCGCCGGAGCCAGCAGUAAACCACAUGGCUCCCGAUGCAACAAACGUGAAACUACUGGAAAUGAAUCGUCAACGUAGAGAGUAUGUCAGCGACAUCUGCGAACGCUUCGUCACUGACUACCUACUCCAGAUCGACAAGUUUUACUAUAAGGGAGGAACCGGUCGAAAGAUCCGGGUAGGAGAGGUUGUCAUCAUUCACGAUGACAACACCAAGCGCCUUAUGUGGACAGUAGGAGUAGUGAAGGAGUUAAUCACUAGCAGAGACGGGUUGAUCCGUUCAGAUAUGGUCAAAACGCUCAACGGAAACCUGAUCAACCGCAUCAUCCAAUUGCUACAUCCCUUAGAGCUACGUGAGGACCAACAGGAAGACGUCGAGGUUUCACCUACGCUUGAGCUGGAGCCGGAACAAGAAGAGGCAUCUCCAUCCGUGUCCGUCGCAUAUCCAGUAGAACAGGAAGAGCAAUUGACCAUGGGCUCGGCUGGGGAGUGUGUUGGGAAUAAAACUUAUUCCUAA